UGACAUUGACGUGUUGAAAGCGCAUGCAUGUGAACGUAUUAGCAUUAGUGUAUUGUUUAACACUGAAAACUGCUGCUUUACUGCUGAAAACAAAAAAUAAUAUGACUCAAGUUAGUGAAAAUGCAGUUAGAAAUAUUGGUAAGGUCUUAAACGAUCCUAGCAGGCCGAUGAAGGAACGUUUUCGAGCGCUAUUCACACUUAGAAACUUGGGUGGGAAUACGGCUGUAGAAUGCAUCAGCCAAUGUUUUGGGGAUGAAUCUGUGCUUCUUAAACACGAAUUAGCUUAUUGUUUAGGACAAAUGCAAGAUAAAACAGCCAUUCCCAUCCUCAGGAGUGUGUUAGAAAACAAAAAUCAGGAUCCUAUCGUUCGACACGAGGCCGGAGAAGCAUUAGGUGCAAUUGGAGACCCCAAUCUCAGAUCACUCUUAGAAAAGUACAAGAAUGAUCCAGCGAUUGAAGUAGCUGAGACCUGUCAAAUUGCCUUAGAAAGGCUUAAUUGGGUUGCCGGUGAUGGCAGCAAAGACAGCUUAUCCAAGAGUCCAUACUCGUCUGUAGACCCAGCUCCUCCAAGUACUGAUAAUGAUGUAGGAAAAUUGAGUGAGAUUUUGAUGGAUGAAAAAAGGCCGUUGUACGAGAGGUACAGAGCUAUGUUCAGUUUGCGCAACUUGGGGACCACUGAGAGUAUUAAGGCAUUAGGAAAAGGUUUUAAAGCCAGCAGUGCUCUCUUCCGGCACGAAGUGGCAUUUGUUUUUGGUCAGAUGCAGGAUGAGAGAAGUGUGCCAUUCCUGAAAACUACCCUUGAAGACACUGCGGAACAUGAGAUGGUGAGGCAUGAGGCCGCAGAAGCUCUUGGUUCUAUUGCUACUGAGGAGUGCACUGAAGUUCUUAAAAAAUACCUCAACGACCCCCGCCCGGUGGUACGAGAGAGCUGCGAGGUGGCACUGGACAUGUCCGAGUAUGAGAACAGCCCGGAGUUCCAGUAUGCCAACACUUUGCUCACUGUGCAGGGUUGAUUUUAAUUAAGUACCUCACUGUGCAGGGUUGAUUUUAAUUAAGUACCUAUUGCUGCUAUACAAACGCGCAGUGAUACUGUUUCACAUUGGAUUUACUGCAAUUGAACACCAAAUACUAACUACUGGUAUAUGUUUUUACUCUUUAUUUGUAAAUAAAAAAUUAUCUUUCUUAAAAAAUGGUAGUUCGGAAUCCUUUAUCCUUUAUAUAACUUAAAUGCGAAAGUCUAUCUAGCUGUCUCUCUGUCUGUUCCGCUUGCUCGGCUAAAUCGCUGAACCGAUUUUUAUGACAUGUGGUAAUUAUGUAGUUAAAGAUCCCCGUUCAAACAUAUGCUACUCUUUUCAAAAAUUAACCUGUAAAAAUAACUAUAAUAGGGGGUGAAAGUUUGUAUGUAAAUCAUGUUUGUUUCGCUUUCUCAGAGUAGUUCACGCAGGCGAAGCCGCGUGCGUGCGUGAGCUAGUAGGAAAUUUUGAAUAAAAAUAAUACCAGUGGUAACAGUUUUCGAUAUUCGAUUGGAGUAAAUCGAAUAUUGACUAUAUGACGAUACCCCGGGGGCAUCAAAACUCAAAAUCGACAACGUAUCAAUGAUUUUUAUUGGGUUACCGGUGUCCAUUGACAGCGGUAUUUGCUUACCAUCAGGUAACUUAGUAAAUCAAAUUGUAAAAAUAGUUUGUAAAAUUGUAAUUGUAUUGUAAAAAUACAUAAAGCAUGUUUAUGGUUUUCUGACAAAUCUCUUAUUGGUUAUAAUACUACUACUAUUACUUGGUAGGCUCGUCUGUCUGUAUUAGUAGAGCGAGAUUUUCUUGUUUUAUUAUGUAAUAUAAUGGUUGCAUUAUGCAGUUUAAUUAUGUAAUGGUUGACAUAAUUAAAGCGUUAAGUCCAUCAGUACAUAAUUUUGUAUAAAGUUUCUAAUUCAAUUAUGUAACGUGUUUAAGUUCUAUGUAAUGAGUAAAGUAACUAAAACUGUGACACGAUAACUUUUAUUAAACAUAUAUUUUUAUUAAAUUUUAGUUAAAUUUUAUCAAGUGAAAUAGCCUAUUUUGCUGUCAUUAGUCUUUGGUAUGUCUAUACUACGCUUGACGCCUGUUUCGAAGUACAUUGCUGUAUUUACAUUGCGGUAAUGAAAAGCUCACAUUCAAAUUUCGCAAUGUAUAUUGAUUCGCGUCGGCAUCUGUUUCACGUUGUCGAUAGUGUGUAGCCGGCAUGAGAAGCAGUUACAUAAUGUACAUCGCGUUUGUCUAAAUCACUCAAUGGUGGAAAUAGUUUUGUACUAUUUUUAAAUUAGGUAUUUAUAGUAGGUAUUUGUAUUUUGAAUUAUUAAUUUUGUAAUUAUUUUCACUAAAUAAAUUUUGAGCUUUUAC